AUGGCCGAGAUAUGGACUGAGAUACGGAAGAUUCCUGUUGUCACAAGAACUCUAGUUGCUUUAGCCCUGGGCGUCACUGGACCAGUUGCUCUUGGGAUGCUUGAUCCGUACUACGUUCUGUGGUCCAGCAGGCAUAUUCUCAAGAAUUUGGAGAUAUGGCGAGUCAUCAGAUGGCCUCCCGUAGCACCUUUUUUCUUCGCUGGCUCUGGCAUGCAGCUUCUUUUCGAUUCGUUCCUACUCUAUCGCAAUUCGAUAGCUCUAGAAACUCAAUCCUUCGCAGGACGUUCGGCCGAUUACGCCUGGACAUUGAUAUGUUUGAUGGGUGCGGUGGUGGGCACAAAUUAUCCUCUGAACAGUGUGAUAUUCUGGGGUCCAAUGAUGAGUGGACUAGGAUUUCUGUGGUCUCAAAUAAACCCUGAAGCCUUGGUAUCCCUCUUUGGCUUACCGCCAUUCAAGGCUGCUUAUUUUCCGUUUGCCAUGCUUGCUUUGGAUUUUAUUCGAGGAGGCACGAAACUUGCGUCGCAAUCACUUUCAGGUAUCUUGGCCGGAUAUGCCGUUCACUAUCUUACAUACGUCUACCCGUCCCCAUCCAAUGGUGGGCAGAGACCAUGGUUCAUGUAUCCACCUGCAUUCUUGGUACGACUUCUGGAUGGGCCGGGCCAGACCCCAGGAGGCGGUCAACGCUUGGGAGCCGGAACAGCCUUUGCUCCACGUUCGCGAGGAUGGGGUGGUCAAGCCCCUGUACAGCCCGCCGGUGGAAGCACUGUCGGGGCCGGAAAUGCGAACACUACUGGACAUCGUUGGGGAAGCGGAAAUCGUCUUGCCACUCUUGGAGUUAACGUCGUGCGCCGGGAAAAAAUAAACUCCGAGUACGGGAGUCGAACCCGUCUCUACCGCGACCCGGUCAUGAGAGGCGGCCAUACUAGCCGAUAUACGAACUCGGACAUUGUGGGACAUUGA